AUGGGUCAUCCUGCUAUAGAGGCUGCAGACUACCAUGGGUGUCCUGCCAUAGAGGUACACCCAGACCCCACCAUGGGUCAUCCUGCCAUAGAGAGGUACCCAGACCCCACCAUGGGUCAUCCUGCCAUAGAGGUACACCCAGACCCCACCAUGGGUCAUCCUGCCAUAGAGGUACACCCAGACCCCACCAUGGGUCAUCCUGCCAUAGAGGUACACCCAGACCCCACCAUGGGUCAUCCUGCCCUAGAGGUACACCCAGACCCCACCAUGGGUCAUCCUGCCAUAGAGGUACACCCAGACCCCACCAUGGGUCAUCCUGCCAUAGAGGUACACCCAGACCCCACCAUGGGUCAUCCUGCCAUAGAGGUACACCCAGACCCCACCAUGGGUCAUCCUGCCAUAGAGGCUCAGUGUUGUCGAGAGGCCACAUUAUUUACUUUAACAGGCUCUUGA